AUGAACGAAAUAACAGUCUUGGAAGACUUCUUCAAGUCGAAGCAAGUCCUCCUUGCUCGCCCUUGGCUAGUAAGUUGCAUAAAUUGGUGCAAAGAAGAGAAUCUGUCCAGCAACUACACCAUCAAAGAUCUGCAAUUCAGCGUAUUUGAACAAUGGCUCCUUUUGGAUCUGAGAGACGUAGAAAUUCCUUGUCUCCCCCCAGACCUAUCCAGCAAGAUAAAGCACACCCUCAAUGGAAUUUACUCCCUACAGGUAAUGCAGAUAGUGGACAUAUCAAAGCCAAAACUCUGGCAGUUACAAAGGAUAAGAAACGGCAUUCCAAAGAAUCUGGAACAGGAAGUGGAAUCCUCUAAACGAGCAUUGUUGAUUACUCUUUCGGAUGGUGUUCAAGAAAUAGAAGCUAUGGAAUUCAAACCUAUAAAAUGCUUGAAUUUGAAUCUCUCACCAGGUAUCAAAGUGAGAUUAAUGGGGCCCAUGGAGUUGAGAAGGGGUAGAAUCAUGCUUCAAGAACAAAAUAUUAAAAUUCUGGGUGGUGAAGUGGACAGCUUGAUUGUACCUAAUGCUGCAGAGAAUAUUUUAGCUAAACAUUUCAAUCUUCCCUUGAAUCCAAAACCUGCCAUUAUUCAAGAAAGCAUUUUUACUGCUGAUACAACAGUGCUGAAUCAGACUGAUGAUGCACCAAGAUCACAUAGCAGAACCUUGAAUGAAAUAUCUAGUCAUAAUAUUGUUAAUCAAGUUUUACCCUUUAAUCAAACCAAUAGAAUUGUUAAUGCUGGCUAUACAGAGUCUGGAAAUGUCCCAAAACAAUAUACUCAAAUUGCUGAAGAAUUAGAUGAUUUAGAAAAUGAAAAUUCAAGAAUAAAUGAUGAAAUUGAAAUGAUGAUGGAAGUAGAAAGAGAAUUUGAAGAAGUCAGGAGUAAAAGAAAAAAACCCAAUGUGGAUGUGUUUGACAACAUGAAUAUUGAUGAUGCAGCUUUGGAAGAUAUGAACAUACCUGAGAUAGAAGAGGAUCCAUCACCUACUGUUUCUUCUGAUACUCCUUCUGAUACUCCACAAUUAUAUGAGUAUAAAUAUGAGGAAAAUGAUUUUUUCUCAAACAUUGAUUUGGAUGCUCAUUUGGAUAAAAUUGACAUGGCAUCAGUUUCAAAACCCAUCACUUCUUCACAGAUGAAGAUAUGGACCAUUGAAAAAUUAUCCAAAAACAUUCCAAACAUCAGCAAUGGCAAAUUCAAGAUAAGAGCUAAAUACAAAUCAGUAGUUGAGAAGAUGUGUGUUGUGGAUGACGCAUUCCAUUUGGUGAUAAAAGUGACAGACGACACUGGCGACAUCGACGUCAGAUUGCACACUGACGUCGUAGGAGAAUUGUUCGGUCGUUCGGCUCCUGACGUCAUGAAACUGAAAUCGCAAGUCAUCCAAAGGAACCCAGAGGCGCAACAGAAAAUGUUGGAGGGACUUAGAAGCCUAAAGGAUCGUCUAACUACACUAGAUAGGAUAGCAGAAGUCCAAGUGACAGGGGCUAAAUUUCCAUUGGUUUUAAGGUUAUUAUAA